CUAGUAAUUUGCUGGAUAAAAUGUCUGGCAUUAAUCCGCCAGAAUCAAAAAGUGUCCAUGCGAGCGAAAAAGCGAAAACUGAAGACAAGGACUCCUUGUUUUCCUCAGAAGACUCCGAAGAGAAAAUCGUCAAAAUCUUCACCCCUGAAGUGGAGAACUUGUCGCCUGUGCAGGAAUACGACGAAGACGAGCUGUUGCAGCUGGUAACAUACAUCAAAGACUUGACGAUUUUAUAUGAUCUUCGGCCCGAUGAUUGGAAUGAAGAAUGCGAGCAUACCAUCCGAUGCUGGCUAACAGACCUAUCCGAACCACUGCUGAUGAUUUUCUUUGAUGGAGAGGAACUGACUUGCGACACUUUUGUUCCGACUGUAUCAAUAAUUGACGCUACCUACUUUCUGAGGGAACCUGGUUUGGCCUUCACGGUGCAACAUUUCCACGACGAAAUAAUCUUCGGCACCAUAAACGGUUCUAUUGAAGGUUCCCUGCUGCAAGUGAUCGAAAACACUUAUGCCCCUGUUCUGCUGCGGUCUCAGAACUGGCCGGACAGUGUUAAAAACGACUUCAACCACUCUUUGCACAUGUUCCUGGCCAAGUUAACCGAUCUGCACUACAAACUGCAUGGCCUUACGGUGCUUUAUGUGCCAAAAAUCAUCAUCUCUGUUCCAGUGGAAGUUGCCACCGAGGACAAGGAGUUUAUAAAGAGAAUGGAAGGAGUCGUUGUCUACUGGACUAAGCAGGUGCGUGUGGGGCUUCAAGAUCAAGAGCAGAACACUGCUGAAGAUCUGCGCUGUCCCAUAGACGAAUACAACUUUUGGAGAAAUAGAUAUGAGAACUUGCUGGGUCUGAACUACCAGCUGGAAAACGAGUCCAUUAAGCAUUUAUGUAAUAUCUUGAUGGCAGUCCAGUCUUCCUACGUGAAGCAGUUUAGAGCGCUUGCUGAAGAAAUUAUCCACAACGUGGAAGAAGCCAAGUCCAACAUUGAGUUCUUGAACACCCUGACAGAGCCCUGCAAUGAACUGGCCAGCCUGAAGCAACCGCAGGAAUUUGGCUCGCUUCUACCAAAUAUCCUCAAUCUCAUUCGGUACAUUUGGAUGAAGAGCCCAUACUACAACACCCAGGAGAAAAUUACCAUAAUCUGCAGAUCUUUGAGCAACCAGAUCAUCCGCCAGUGCAGCCAGUUCAUCGACAUGGACAUAAUUUUUCUGCAGAAACACACUAAAAAUGCCAUUAAGAUGUUUGAAACUUGCAUCCAGUGCUUGACUGAUUACAUCCGGACGUACAUUUUGGUUUCCAGUGCUCACAGUGAGUUUGGCCAGAUUCCCUGGGAGUUAGAUAAGGCCCCUAUUUUUAACCAUGUGGACUCCUACAUCCAGAGAUGCAAAGACAUGAUUGAGGUCUGUGAGGCGAUGAUUGUGUUUGGUCGCUUUGAUGAAACCGAAGACAUUCCCAAGCCAUUGUUUGGUACUUCCAAAGGGCAGCAGUUUGAAAGUUGGGCAGAUCGGAUUGAGAAAAUGUUUAACGACAGCUUGGAAGAUAUUGAGAGAGUGAAAUUCAGAAUUUUGGACGUUCAGCAAGCCGAAUGGUAUGACGAUAUUCUGAAAUUUCGGACGCGAAUGAAAGACAUUGAGGUGGUGGUGGAGAACUUAACCAACGCCGUAUUUGAUGAGAUUGCCAAUGUUGAGGAAGGAAUCGAAACUUUGGCCGCCAUGUACAAUUACUCCAAAAGGAAAACUCUCUUUUCCUUAUUCGAUGGGAAAACUCUGCAAGUUUACAAAAUGUUCCGGGCGGAAAUUUUGGAUACCAAGCAAGACACGCAAACGGAGUCCGAAAUGUACCCCAACUUGAUGCCGUACUAUUCUGGGCGCGCUCAGUUGCUCAAAAUGAAGAAACAUCGAUUGACUCUCUUGAAAAAGAUGUUUGAUGACGCUGGAUGGAUGUUGCCCUGUAGCAUCUCCAAAGACGUUUUCGCCCAAUACCAGAAACUAAUUGCGUCGAUUGAUGAUAAAAUUUUCAACUUGUACCGAAAGUGGAUCGACAGUAUCGGCGAAGACAUCAAUUUGCGAUUGCAACGCCCGUUGAUGUGCAAAAGCAUUUCUAAGCCUGGAUUAUUGGAGUGCAACAUAGACCGGUCCCUGAUGGAAAUGUUUAAAGAAGCCAAAUAUUGGGACGCUUUGAACUUCGAAAUCCCCACCUAUGUGAAGUCGGUGUACCAAAAGGCGGACAGUCUUCGGUUCAUCUACGAGUGCGUCCUGAAUGUUGUCCUGGACUACAACAAGAUUGUUUCAUCGCUUUCCGAUGAAGAAAGGCUGCUGUUCAAGCCGCUGAUUUCCAAUGUGGAAAAGAAGAUAUCCCCAGGCCUGUCCAAGCUCACAUGGGCUGCGGACAUUGGGGACGAAUACAUUGCUGAGUGCAGCAAUAACACUGCAGAGCUGCAGGAUUUCGUGGACGACUACAAGCAGUGCAACCUGCAGAUCGUGCUGAUCUGCGAAAAAAUCUGCGACACCCCCUUAAUCAGCUUAACUCAGUACACGGUGAUGGAAUUGCAAGAGUUGGUCGAUGAGCUGACCAAGAACAUGAACGACACGCUGGGAAAACUCAUCAGCUGCUACCACACCAUCAUUGAGUUUCUAGUGAUGGUGUUUGAGGGCUUUGAGAAUGUCAUGGGCAGCAUGGCCAACCAAUGGGUCAGAUACAUUAACAAUUUCGACCGAUUGAUGGAGGAGGCUUUGAAGAUUUGCUGCAAAAAUUCGCUGCAAUCCAUGUUUGAGGCGCUACAUGGCGAUGGUACUACGGACCCAAAUCCCCUCAUUAAAAUCGAGGUCAAUCUGAUUGGCAACAAGAUUAACUUCAACCCCACCUUGGUCAAUGUGGCACGAGUGAUUUCCAACGUGCAGAACACUCUUGUGGAAGCCGUCAAGUCCCUGCCUCGAUUGAAUGAUAAGUUUCACGUGUCUGAAACCGAUUAUAUUCCUUAUGCAGACCUGAUCUACAACGACAAAGACUGCAAGCACAUGCAACAGCAGCUGAAUCAAGAAGUUCGGGUGGCAGUGGAGAAAAUCAAGGACUACAUUAAGGUCUGGGAACCAUUCCGGGACCUGUGGGAAGUGGACAAAGACAAAUUCAUGGAGCGCUACGAGGAGGAGGAUCCAAGCGCUACUCUGUUCGAUGCCAACAUCGGGCGCUACACGGAAUUGGCCAACAAUGUUCAAAUUCAGGACACAGUUUCCGAUGUUCAUUUCCUGCAAAUCAAUUGCUCAGAUUUGAAGAAGGCGAUCAUCGAACACUGCGUGGAGUGGCAGAAUAAAAUGUGCCUGCUUCUAUUCAACUUGACCGAGCGCAAAAUCGACGAUAUCUACGAGUAUAUGGAAAAAUUUGGCAAGGAAAUUCAACGUGAGCCAACCGAUCUUGAGCACAUGCAGAACGCCAUCAUUUUAUACGCACAACUCAAGGCGGAAAUCGGACCUCAAGAGGAACAGUUUCCCCAGAUUACCGAGCAGAUUUACACUUUGGAUAAAUAUUCAGUGCCGAUACCGCAGCCUAUGCGAUUGAAGCACAAGAACCUGCCAAAAGAAUGGGCAAUUUACAUUGAAGCUUUAGAGCAGGCGGAGCAAAUGUUGGAGUACUCCAAGGAGCAUUUCAAGAAUGGUCUUCUUGAGCAGGCCGAAGGCGCUCGGCAGAACGCCAAGCAUAUGCUGGAUGAGUUUUUAAUAAAAGGCAUGAAAUGA